AUGGACAAGGCCGUGGUUGAGAACAUCGGCAACUUGGUUCGCUACCUGCUGUUCAAGAAGGGGCCGUACACUUCCCAGGCCCUCGAGUCGAUGGCCUUCAUCCGCACCGAAAACUGUCACCUGCCCGACCCCAUUCCCGAUCUGCAAAUCCACUGCCUCUUCUCGGGCCUCACCGGCACGGAGCCCGAGAAGCUCAAGGCGCAGUUCGGCCUCAACAUCGAAGGCUACGAAACCAGUCAGUUUGGGUUCUCGCUCCUGCCGACCCUCCUGCACCCGAAGAUCCGCGGCAGCGUGCGGCUGCGCUCCAACUACCCCUUCGCCCUAUCUACCUCCGAGGAGGACCCCGAGAGCGAUGGCUACGUGCGGGCCUUAGUCAUCAAGAACUGCCUCACCGUGUACCACCCCACCGGCACCGCGCGCAUGGGGCCAGUGCAAGUCAAGACCACCGUGGUCGACACUCACCUCCGGGUGCACGGGCUGAAAAGCCUGCGUGUGGCGGACCUGAGCGUGUUUCCGGAGAUCAUCUCGGGCAACACCAACGCGCCGGCAAUCAUGAUCGGCGAGAAGGCCAGCGACAUCAUCCUACACGACACACUCAUCAGCACCGCCGACGGCCAACAACAGCCGGCCACCACCACUGUCGUCGUCGCUGCUGCUCGCGCCAGGCACAUUGUCGAGCAACUCUGGCGGUAG